AUCCAUCUGCCCGCUCUUAUCCACACUCAACUCAGAAUCCAAGGGCGAAGGAGUAUCAAGGUCGCUGAGACGAUCUCGAGAUGGACGCUCUGAUACCUUUCACUACGUCUGGAUCAUUGGUAGAUCUGGUAGAUAAAAAGGUUCUGGUCGUUCUGAGAGAUGGGAGAAAGUUGAUAGGCGUAUUCCGGAGUUAUGAUCAAUUCGCCAACUUCCUGCUUGAAUCUACGGUCGAGAGACUACAUCAUCAAUUAGAUUAUGCGGAUAAAGAUAUUGGUGUCUUACUGAUACGAGGAGAGAAUGUAGUAGCUUUAGGCGAAAUAGACUUGAUAGCGGAAGAUCAAGUCCCCCUGCGUCCAGUCCCGUCACAAGAAAUUGAGCUCAAGAUUGCACAGGAGAAUGAACGACGUGAUCGUGAUCAUGCCGUCAGAGACAGAGUAUUGGAAGCGCAUGGGUUCGUGGUAGAUGGUAGAGAAGGAGAUGCCUAUUGAGUUUUUGUGGAGUUACGACUUCACUGGGUCAAGGAGACGUCAGGAACCGACAGCAGAGCGCCUCCAAGCGACGAAGUCGAUCACCAGAGGUCUCUCGACUUGAUGGUCUCUCGGAUCUCCGGGCAUGAUGAUCCAUUUCUAUCUCGAUCCGACUCGACUUGUGAUUCGACUAGGUUCACUCUUUCGAAGGUUCAAGCUUUUCCCGGCUCUCGUACUUUAUUGAAAGAGCCCCUCCCGUUGCCUUCUCAUGACAUGGCAUCUGGUGUAAUCGGUCAG